AUGCAGAAAACGCACACUGCUUUUGGCCCCGAACAAUUUGGGUGUCGGGACACAGUAGCAAGUAUGCUUCUGAUGGACUUGUUGACGGUCAAUGCAACCCGCGCUAUAUCACAGCACGAUGUUGGCAACUCCAUUGCGACGGACCUGCCUGAUUACUUCCAUCAGGCUGUUGUGUUUAAGAUUACUGUGGUGGAUCAUUUGGACUCGGGAACGAGCAUCGGCACUCUGGCGGUAAAGGUGGUGGAUAACAUGAUCGUAAAUUGGGGACUGGAGUAG